AUGUUUUGCUCAAGAAUCGAACGUAAUGGGCUUCAUGUUUUGACACGUAGACUAGGGCGUAAAAUGCUCUUGCCUCGUGUCUCAGAACGUUUGACUUCUCGUGCAAAUAAUUAUGCCAAUCCAGCUGAAGGUAAUACUAAAGUUCAAGGAAAUGUGAUCGGUAUAGAUCUAGGGACAACCAAUAGCUGUGUAGCGAUUAUGGAGGGAAAAAAUCCUCGCGUUCUUGAAAAUUCCGAGGGUGGUCGUACAACCCCCUCAGUGGUUGCUUUCACGAAAGAAGGUGAAUUAUUAGUUGGAUUACCCGCAAAACGUCAGGCCGUGGUUAAUCCAGAAAAUACAUUUUUCGCUACAAAGCGAUUGAUCGGUCGAAAAUUCAGCGAUUCCGAAGUUAAAAAUGACAUCGGUCAGGUUCCAUAUAAAAUAGUUGAACAUUCAAAUGGUGAUGCGUGGCUGGAAUCACGUGGGAAAAAAUACAGUCCUGCUCAAAUUGGAGGAUUUGUGGUAGGAAAAAUGAAAGAAACAGCAGUUAUUACCGUGCCUGCAUAUUUCAAUGAUUCUCAACGUCAGGCCACAAAGGCCGCAGGACAAAUUUCCGGGCUUAACGUAUUACGGGUUAUAAAUGAACCUACUGCGGCAGCACUUGCUUAUGGUUUGGAUAAAGCUGGUGAUAAAAUCAUUGCAGUUUAUGAUUUAGGUGGUGGAACGUUCGAUAUAAGUAUUUUAGAAAUACAAAAAGGAGUAUUUGAAGUUAAAUCAACAAACGGAAAUACUCAUUUGGGUGGUGAAGAUUUUGAUACCACUUUGGUUAGAUAUUUGGUCGAACAAUUCAAAAAAAAUGAAGGAAUUGAUCUAUCAAAAGAUCGUAUGGCAAUUCAACGUAUCCGUGAAGCCUCCGAGAAAGCCAAAAUCGAAUUAUCAUCCACUGUUCAGACGGAUAUAAAUCUUCCAUUUAUUACUGCCGACGCAACUGGACCUAAACACAUUAAUAUGAAAUUGUCACGGUCCACUUUCGAAACUUUAACAAAGAGCCUUGUUGAUAAAACAAUUGAACCCUGUAAAUUAGCUUUGAAGGAUGCUAGUAUUGAUGCGAAAGAAAUUAAUGAAGUAAUAUUGGUUGGUGGUAUGACUCGUAUGCCUCGAGUCAUGGAUUCAGUGAAAUCAAUUUUCAAUCGUGAUCCCACUAAAAGUGUUAACCCGGAUGAAGCUGUAGCCAUUGGUGCAUCAAUUCAAGGUGGUGUUCUUGCUGGAGAAGUUACUGACAUUUUGCUUUUGGAUGUUACACCUUUGUCUUUGGGAAUCGAAACCCUUGGAGGAGUGUUUGCACGACUUAUCAACCGAAAUACAACUAUUCCAACAAAAAAAUCUCAAGUUUUCUCAACAGCAGCUGAUGGUCAGACAAAAGUAGAAAUUAAAGUAUUUCAAGGUGAAAGAGAGUUAGUUAAAGAUAACAAGAUGCUUGGAAACUUCCAAUUGGAUGGUAUUCCGCCACUUCCAAAAGGUGUUCCACAAAUCGAAGUCGCUUUUGACAUAGAUGCAGAUGGUAUUGUAAAUGUUACAGCACGAGAUAAGGCAACCGGAAAAGAUCAAUCCAUCACUCUUGCUGCCUCAUCUGGUUUAAGUAAAGAUGAAAUUGAAAAGAUGAUUCACGAAGCUGAACGUCAUUCUGAAGCAGAUCGUGAAAAGAAAGAGACCAUAGAGGCAUGUAAUAGUGCCGAAAUAUUAAUUAGUGACAUUGAAAAGAGCAUGACUGAUUUCAAAGAUCAGUUAGAUCAAACAGAAGCUGAAAAUAUUAAAUCUAAUAUUCAAACUUUACGAGAAUUAACUACAAAAGCACAAGCCGAAACAGUUCCAGCUGAUGAAAUAACCAGCGAGAUUAAUAAAUUGAAAACUGCAAGCUUAAAAUUAUUUGAAAUGGCAUACAAAAAGCGGGAAUCCGAAAAUAAGACCGAAAAUAAAGGAAAUGGUGAUUCCGAAAAUAAGGGCGAUGAUUCCUCAGGUUCCGAAAGUGGAGAAAAGAUUGUUACUUUUGAUAUGAAAAAAAAAUCCAAACAAAAAAGAAAUUUUAGAAACCCAAUUUCUGCUGCAAUAAUAAGACAUAAUUCUGAUUCAAACUUUAAAAGUAACCACAAUGAUCACAAUGAUCACAAUGAUAAUACCAAUACACAAGUUAGCGCAUUACUUGAUCAACUUCGACACGAAUCUCGAUCUAAUGACAUCCCAAACUCAACGUUUGAGUUAUUUCCGUCAUUGCCUAUGCCAGCAAGUAAUUAUUUAGCGAGAGAAUAUGAUGUUUUUAGGCAACGAAUGAGAGGAGAAAAUGAAUCACUGAGACAACUUGUUUCUGGUCCAAUGCCACCUAAAAGUUGGCGAGGUGUUUGGUAUAAAGCUGAUCUAAAUUUACGAAAAAUAAAACGGGGGGCUUGGGAUGAUCAUUCAAAAUGUCAAGUUCCAACACUCACUUCAAUUUGCAUAGAUACAAUAACCUUAAACAUCAGAUCAUAUAAGACAAAUAUAUAUUUUUCCAAUCUUCCUACACAUCUUAAACAAUAUACCCUUUCCUCCUUGAGCAUUCACGAUCCUCUUACAGAUGAUUUACUUCCUUUGUUUUCCAAUGAUUCUAAAUAUGUAGAAUUAGAUAUUGCUUUUAGCGAUAUCUCAAUAAAAAGUUUUAGAAAUCAUUUUUGGAAAACCAUUAAGGAAAAGGAUAUAGAGAAAAAUAUUGUGGAAGAUUGGGAGGAUCUUAUUGAAUAUAGUGAUGAUGAUGUUAGGGAUAUUCUUUCUGUUCAACUUUUUAAAGUUUCAAGAAAUAAUGAGACGACGACAAGGAGAAAGGAAAAAAAUAUGAAAAACUAUAUUACUAAAUUACCCGAUCUUCGUCGUUUGAACUGUGGAUUUACCAAAAAUAUUUCUAUCAUUCCUUUAGCAACUUUAUUAGUGUCAACAUUACCUUUGUUGACACAUUUAUCUAUUGCAGGAUGUUCUGAUUUUGAGUCCGGUCCAUAUGCAUUAAGAAUUAUUUCUCGAUUAAUUAAUCUUUUAUUUUUGGAUAUAUCUUAUUGUGAAUGGAUAAAUAAUAAUAUUUUAUUACAAUUCAUAAAUUGGGAAAAAGAUUUGAAGUCACUUAAAUUAUUAGUUGCAGUUGGAUGUUUCAAUUUAAAUGAUCCUGAAGGAAUUAAGAAACAAUUAGGCAUUCAUCGAAAAAGAUUUGAGCUUUGGACAGAAAUUAAAAAGAAACGCGAAAACUCCAGGAAUCUUUGGUAG